CUUCUCCAUGGGCUGGCUGAAUAUGUCAUGGAAGCCAUGGCUAAGGUUUGGUUCAAGCUUUCAAGCUUUUUUGGUUUUGAAAUGUGGAUUUACAAUGUCACAAUCUGAAGAAGCUCCGAUCUCCGAUACGACUGCUCUCGCCGAUUCCGCCCUUAACACUUUAGGGCAUCUCUCUCCCGAUUCGGAUCCGACUCCGAAUCCCGACGCCUCACCGACACCGUCUGAUCUUAAUCGCGCGGCUGAGGGAACCGGGCACGACGAAAGCAAUCUCGAGCAGCAGUUGCAGGACCUCGAUUUGAAGGAGGAGGUUGCGGCGGCGGUGGCGGCUGCUGAGACGAAAGAUGAUGGGGAGAGAAAAGGCGACAAUGAUUACAAUGAAGCUGAUGCUGGCGCUGCCGAGGAAAAAGAAGAUGAGGAGGAGAAAAACGAGAACGAAAAUGAUGGUGAAAACGGGAAGAGGUUUGAAGGAGUGAGGUCACAUUUUCCGGUGAGACCGGACGCUGAGAAUUGCGCCUAUUAUAUGAAAACUGGACUUUGCAAAUUUGGAUCUAAUUGCAAGUUCAAUCACCCUGUUCGAAGGAAGAACCAGGGCGAUCAGGAAAAUUUAAAGGAAAAUGAUGAAUCAACAGAGAAACCAGGCCAGACAGAAUGCAAGUACUACCUAAGAACUGGUGGAUGUAAGUUUGGUAAGGCCUGUAGAUACAACCACUCAAGGGCAAAAUCUUCAACGGAUCCAAUUUUAGAACUUAACUUUCUGGGGCUGCCCAUCCGACAGGGAGAGAAAGAGUGCCCCUAUUACAUGCGUAAUGGGUCCUGCAAGUAUGGAGCCAACUGCAGGUUUAAUCAUCCUGAUCCUACAACUACUGGAGCUUGUGACCCACCUGCUGCAUAUGGUAAUGGUGGAUCUGUUUCAUCACAAGCUGCAUCACAAGUGAAUAUCGCAUCCUGGUCAUCGCCAAGGGCGUUAAAUGAGACUGCUACUGCUACCUUUAUGCCAAUUAUGUUUUCACCAACUCCGGGUGUUCCACCUCCAAAUCCAGAAUGGAAUGGGUAUCAGGCCACUAUUUAUCCCCCACCAGAAAGGAUUUUGCAUCCAACCCCAGCAUAUGUCAUGAGCAGUCCCUCAACUGAAACCACUGUCUAUACUCAAAAUCAGCCACAGAUGGUAGUUGAUGAAUUCCCAGUACGGCCUGGCCAACCCGAGUGCAGUUACUUCCUGAAAACUGGGGACUGUAAGUUUAAAUCAAAUUGCAAAUAUCAUCAUCCAAAAAAUCGACUUGCAAAGCCGGCCCCAUGUGCUCUCAGCGACAAGGGCUUGCCACUGAGACCUGAUCAAAGCAUCUGCUCACACUACAGUCGCUACGGCAUUUGCAAGUUCGGGCCAGCCUGUAAAUUUGACCAUUCAAUGCAGGCAGCUCCUUCAACAACUGUAUCUGAACUAGAGCAGCCUCCACCAUUCAGCCAUUCUGCACCAUUAGAGCAAACCGGAAUUGCCGGAAGUAAUGGUACCGAUACUGCAGUUCAGCAGCAUGUGUAAAAUUAUUUUUCAGGAAAAAAGGCCACCCUAGCUCUUAGAUCUCUCACAUCAGUAAGGAUUCUAAAAUUUCCUUCUUUAAACUUGAAGACUAGUCAACUUUUCUUCACUUGUUCCAUUGCCACAAGAGUUUUUAGGGGAUGGUAUUAUAUAUACAUAUCACAUAUAUGAUAUGGGUUGUCUUGGCAGUUGCUACAAAGCUCAAAUUGAAAUCAGGAUAUGUAAAUUAUCUCAGUUUCAAGUCAUUUUAGGAACUAAUACUAGUAAAAUUUGGGAUGUUGUUGUA